CACUCAACCCGUCUCCCUCACAUCUCCGUCUCAUUUAUCACCGUCGCCCUCUCUGCCAUCUCCACAUGAAUCGCCGUCGCCUUCGCUGCCAUCUACCGUCUCUCUCUCACUCUUCGGAUUCAAACAGUGGCACAUCGCGCAGUUGAAUGGUGGCGUUUAGUGCUGGCUAGUGGCUACUGAGUUUAUGGUGGCUGUUUCAAAUUCUCAGCACUUUCAAGUUUCAAGAGUGGCUGCCAUUUAUUCCAUUUCAUUUAUGUUCAAGUGUGCAUUAUUGACAGUGGAGCAAACAUUUAUUCCCUAUCUUUUUUACUCAAUUUUGAAGUUGCAAUACAUUAGAAUGUGUGAAAUGUCUGCAACCUUUUAAAGAAUUGAGGUGUUGCAAAGUGAUUUAUACAUUGUUUUUUGUUGUCCAAGCGUUUUAUGGACCGAAUCGGUCCACAUAAAAUUUUGGUCCGGUCCGGUCUUCGGUGGACGGAGGGUAUUGGUGAAGCAGCACAGCCAUGCUACACCGUUCCCAGGUACGUUUCACGGUCAUUGGUUGAGCAGCAAACUAUGGAGUACUAUCUUUCCAAACCACACUGAUUUCGUUAACCUUCGUACAAUCAUUCCUCUCUCCGAUUCGUUGAAAUGAAGAUGAGUGUUGAUCAGUUCAUGAUCAGAAAAAAUAUAUUUAGAUAUAUUUAUAACAGUCGAGAAUAUGAAAUAAUCCAUUGAUAACAAUUUUGCUAAUAUGACAUGUCGAAAUUUACAGUAACCUGUUUACAUAAUACGAGUACCAUUGGUUGCUUGAAAAUAUGUGUGCAAAUGCUUCAUUCUCAACUUGGAAAACACACUGUUUUCUUGCGUCCCCAUUUUUAUGAAACUUGUGCUCCUUAUCCAUCAAAUGUUCGACAUGCUUUUGUUACAUCAUCAGCACCAUCAAAACAAGCAGCCAAAUCUAGCUUUGUCACAUGGGAUUUUAACAAGGAUGAAGAAGAAACAACAUUUGCUCAUGCACUCCGUAAAUGUGUGGAGGCUUCAAACUUAGGCUAUGUCAAAGCAAUCCACGCAAAGCUCCUAAAAAAUCCCUGGAUAGCUUCAUCAGUGUAUAUCCACAACCAUGUCAUCAAUGCAUAUGUGAAAUGUGGGGAAAUAUGGGGUGGACACAAACUUUUUGAUGAAAUGCCGCAGAAAAAUAUUGUGUCUUGGACAGCCCUCAUUGCCGGUUUUGUGCAGAAGGGUUUUCCUAUUGAAGGGUUCUCUACAUUUUUCAGGAUGCACAACAGUGGAAUAACACCGAACAAGUUCACCUUUGUGAGCGCUCUUCAUGCAUGCUCCUUUUCGGAUUGUCUGAGCUUGAUACAUCUGCUUCAAGUGUAUGGGUUGAUUGUUAGGCUUGGUUUUGAGUCUAACGUUUAUUUGGUGAAUGCUUUCUUGACGGGUUUAUUAAGGCAUCAUAGAUUAAAAGAAGCGAAAGAGGUGUUUGAGAAUUGUUCAUAUAAGGAUAUUGUGACCUGGAAUGCUAUGCUUGAUGGGUAUGUGCAAUUUUGCCCCUCUGAGUUGCCAAUUUUUUGGUUAAAAAUGCUAAGAAAUGGCGUGGAACCUGAUAAAUUCACUUUUUCAAGUGUACUUACGGGAUUGGCUGAACUUCCGUGCCUUAAAAUGGGUGUGCAAGUUCAUGCUUGGCUCGUCAAGUGCGGACAUGGGAACGAAGUGUGUGUGGGGAACUCUUUGGUGGAUAUGUAUUUAAAAUCUCAAAGGCUUAGUGAAGGGUUGAAGGCAUUUGAGGAGAUCCCAUCAAAAGACGUUCGCUCCUGGACUCAAAUUGCUGGGCUUCUGUAUCAUGAGGACCCAAGCAGUGCUCUUCAAGUCAUUGGAAGGAUGAGAGCGGCUGGUGUGAAGCCUAAUAAAUUCACUUUUGCAACUGCACUCAAUGCAUGUGCCAAUCUGGCAUCUUUGAAAGACGGCGAGAAGUUCCAUGGCUUGAGGAUCAAACUGGGGGACGAUAUCGAUGUUUGUGUGGACAAUGCAUUGCUUGACAUGUACGCAAAGUGUGGGUGCAUGAGUGGUGCUUCGAUGGUUUUCAAAUCAAUGAACGGGCGCUCUAUCGUUUCGUGGACAUCAAUGAUAGCCGGGUACGCACAAAACGGAUGCCCAAAAGAAGCCCUCAAGAUCUUCCACGAAAUGAGGAGAGAAGAGGUGAAACCCAAUGACAUAACCUUGAUUUGCGCACUUUAUGCUUGUAGCCAAGGAGGCCUUGUCGACGAAGGGUGGAGUUUGUUCUCCUCAAUGACCCAUGAAUAUGGGAUUGUCCCUUUAGAAGAUCAUUAUGCAUGUAUGGUGAAUCUACUCGGUCGCGCUGGACAUAUAAAGGAAGCCCAGGAAUUGAUUCUGGGCAUGCCAUUCCAGCCCGGUUUGUUGGUCUGGCAAACCUUGCUGGGGGCGUGCGUGCUUCACGGGGACACAGAGACAGCUCGGCGAGCUGCAGAGAGAGCAUUGCGUAUUGACAAAAACGACCCUGCAACCUAUGUGUUGUUGUCAAAUGCAUUUGCUGGUUUACUCAACUGGGAAAAUGUUGGGAGUUUGAGGGAAAUCAUGGGCAGCAGGGAUGUCAAGAAAACUCCUGGUUCCAGUUGGCUUCAAAUAAACAAAGGCAAGUCUCUACUUGAAGCUGUAGUGUAGGUCCUGAGGGGUGACCUUUAUUCCAUGUUUAAUCGUAAUCCCCCGAUUCGUUAUCCGUUCCAAAAUAAUCGUCUUAGUACCAGUACCAUUUUGGCAUCAUCAUUACUUUUGUUUAUUUUUGUUUUAAAAAUGUUGUCACAUCUUGUUUCAUUCUGUGUAACUUUUGAUGUCAUUUUUGAAAUAUUAACUUGUAAUUUUUAUUUCUAUACCAAUUUGUAAAUAUAAUAAGUUUAAAGAAGAUGU